AUGUCACGACUUCCAACCCCAGCAAUGUCGGGUGGCUUCAUUAUCAAGGACAAGCCCGACGGAGAUGCCUUUACACUACCUCCUGCCGCCUUGAGCACUGUCAGUCGGAGGUCUUCCAGAUCAGAUCCUCCCUAUAUACCGGCAUCCCCGACUUCUCCAGAGCUCUCUGGCCGCCGGACAAGUCACCCCACCCGGUCGGGUACAUCUACCAAACGCCCACUUGAGGACUUUGAUUUGCCUCCGCCACCAACUAGAACUCGCAAGAUCAUCCAGAUGAAGCCAAAGUCACCUUCAAAAACUCCCAAGACAAGGGAAAAUGGCAAGGGUUCACAGAGUUCAGAAGACGCUCUGCCAAAUCCCAUAUCAAACUCUAAAAGAAAACAGCCCAGUGCCACUAGUGCCGCAGGACGCAAGAUCGCCCGCAAGACCGCACACAGUUUAAUUGAGCGUCGACGUCGGUCCAAGAUGAAUGAGGAGUUUGGGACGUUAAAGGAUAUGAUUCCGGCGUGCACCGGGCAGGAAAUGCAUAAGCUAGCCAUUCUUCAGGCAAGCAUUGACUACGUCAAUUACCUAGAGAAAUGUAUCCGUGACAUGAAGACUGGAGGAUCAACCCACACCCCUGCCGCACCACUCUCACCAACAUCACCCGACUUCAUCGCAGAAACAGGCGAGCCCAUGCAAAGGAAUAGCUCCUCUACUGAUUCAUACUCCACAUCUGCAUCACCGGAGUUGAAUGCUGCUCCCACCGAAUUUCCCGACACGUCCCCAUCUUUCUCUCCGCGCACCCAAGUUCCCUCAGCCAAUAUCCCACAGGAUGCUUUAUCGAUCCUUCCUAGUCCAGCACUGGGUCCGAUUUGGGCAUCUAGCGAAAAGAUGUUUGAGUUUCAGGGUGUUGAUCACGAGGCUUCAGCUGCCUUGCUUAUGUUGACUCAGGAUCGAAGAGGGACCGCCGAUUCGAUCUGUGAGAACUUACCUGGCAGUAAGGCACUGGCAGAGUCCGUGGAAGAGACUCCAGCUGUGCCUGCUGAGAUUCAAAGAAGGAAGGGCAUGAGUGUCCACGACCUUCUUAUUUCAUAA